AGUAUGAUGUCCUUGUAUGUCGAUGCCCGUAUCAUUUUGUCUAGCAUUUUUCUACUAGGACCAGAGUCCAAUUAAUUAGGAAUUGGGUGACGGCGAGACGACCAUCGCAAUGGCUCCACAACCAUCCCCUCCUCCUCCUCCGACACCUGAUGCAAAAUUCGUACCAAAGAAGCAAGUUAGCCUGGUAGAGAUCAGACGAAGUGCAUCGGUACUUUCUCAAUUUCCAAUUCAAGACGGGACAGAGGCAAAUGUUCUCGUGAUUUAUGUUGGUGGUACAAUUGGAAUGAAGAAAGUUGAUGGAGUUAAUUUACAUACCUGUCGGGAUUAUAUGGGAGAGGUGAUUCGAACCCUGCCAAUGCUGUAUGAUGCUGAAUAUGCCAAAGAAAUAGGCCUCGAUAAAGAAGAGUUGAAUUCAUUUGUUCUUCCAAUCUCCAAGGGCCGAAGAGUGUUCUUCUACCUAAAGGAAUAUGAAACCCUCAAAGACUCGAGCAAUGUCAAUGUCAAUGAUUGGUUGGAAAUGGUUGAGAACAUCAGAGAGAACUAUCGUCUCUACGAUGGCUUCGUCAUCAUCCACGGUACAGACACCAUGGCAUACACUGCAUCAGCACUCUCCUUCGCGCUGGAGAAUCUUGGAAAGCCUGUCAUCCUGACAGGAUCGCAAGUGCCACUCUCUGAACUGCGCAGUGAUGGAAGGGACAACUUUCUUGGUGCUGUCUAUAUCGCUGGACAUUAUGUCAUACCAGAGGUAACUCUGUACUUCAAUAACAAGCUGUAUCGAGGUAACAGAUGUGUGAAGAUAUCCAGUGAAAGCUUCAGAGCUUUUGAUUCUCCAAAUUUAGCUCCACUUCUUACAAUGGCAGUUGAUAUCACAGUAAAUUGGUCGAGUAUAUUCAGAAUGAACACUUUGGCAGCCUUUCGAGUGAACACCAACAUGACCAGGAAUGUAGGACUUCUCAGGUUAUUCCCAAGUAUCACAGCUGAAACGGUAAGAGCUUUCCUGCAACCUCCAAUGGAAGGUAUUGUUCUACAGACGUAUGGUGCAGGGAACUGUCCAGAUGAUAGAAGAGAUAUAAUAGCUGAGAUCCAAACUGCUGCAGAUAGAGGCAUGAUCAUCCUUAAUUGCACCCAGUGUUCUAGUGGAGGUGUAUCAGCAUCAUAUCAAACAGGAAAGGUGCUGCUAGAUGCAGGAGUGAUACCAGGAUCUGAUAUAACCCCUGAAGCAGCCCUCAGUAAACUCAGCUACAUCCUAGGACAGCCUAACUUCUCACUUGAAGAGAAGAGAAGACAACUCAAACGGAAUCUUCGAGGGGAGAUAUCGGUUUCUACGGCUACAGGCAGAACAUUCACAUUUGAGGACAGCGAAUUCAUCAGAGCUGUGGUAGACACAUUGAGGAUUGGAAGUAGCAAAGAAGUGCAAGCUGUGAGUGAGACUCUCUUCCCACCCCUAUUGUGUGCUGCAGCCAGAAAUGGAGAUUUAAACGCGAUCAAGUAUAUGCAAGAGACCGUAAGUUACAUCCAUAGAGAUUUAUACUUACACUUAAUACAUACCUCAGUGUUAUUGCCAAGACCUCUGCUAUUUCAAGAUGAGAUUUGUACUACAAAUCAUUCCAGCUUAGAAGGGCUUACUAUCUGAAUUGGAUUUAGAAAU